AUCGACUACUAUUUGUCAUCUCUGACUUACGAGAUAAAUUCAUAGUUAGAUUUAUCAUAGAUUUAGAGAAUAGAAAAUUGUAUAGGACUUCAUAUACACAUUAUAUCAUGGCUUCACAGGAAUUAAUAAACCAGGUAAAACAAGACGUCAUUGAAAAAUUUGCUGAUCUAAAGUCUGCUUUGUUGAUGCGAGAAAAGUUGUUGCUACGACAACUUGAUGUUAUAAAUACCACAAGUAAACAGCAACUGCAACAGCAGGAGGAUCCCGAUAAAAUAACGCCCGGAACCAUUGAGUUUUUCGGGGACAAUGAGCAAGAGCUGCUGGCAGCCAUACGUAGCUUUGGUCGCCUUCAGUUGACCAACAUAAAUCUCACGCUACAAAACCAGAACGAGGAUUAUAUUGAACCCUCUGAUGAUCAUGAGACCAUGUUCAAGGGUCUCAAUCAGAGCAUAAAAGAGGGCCCCGAGGAGGAGCAGGAGGAGAGUAUUGUUGUUGACUUUUCGCACCACAAAACCCUGAUGGAACGCAAUGCGAAAAUGGUUAAUGAGAGCAUAAUAAAUAUAACGCUGAAGGAGGCCAAAGAGUUGAUAAAACAAACAAAAACCAAGAGGGAUAAUCCAGUGCCACCGCUCAAUCUUGAAGAGCUCGACGAUGAGGUGGAGUCAUCGAUUGCUGAAGUUGUAUCCAGUUUGGAGGCAAACUCUGAGCACUACUCGAAUGGCCACAACAACAAGUACUCCCAAACACAACAAAAUUCAAAGCAGAAACGCUUUAAGCCCAAAAUAACCAUCAAUAAUUGUAACGGCACCAUCAACUUGAGGAACAUAGCCUCUUUAACCAUCAAUUGUUCGACAGAGGAGAAUAUUCAAGCGCAGAUUCCGGUUAGCUAUGCCCAGGAUCAACGGCCAGCCGAUACGGGCUAUGGCGAGGAGGCAGAAGAGCCUUCUUCCUCUACUAGGGGCAAAGACAAACAAUCGGGAAAAUCAAAGACCUUGGUGGAGUCUCUUGUGUCAUCAAGUUCGAAUACGGAAGAAUGUACAUCACCCACCUCCACCACCAGCCAGGUGACUACACCUAACAGCUUGUCGAACUAUUCUAGUAACAAUAGCUCACGUUCGCAUUCCAAAAAACACAAAAACCGAAAGUCUCAAACAAAAAACGAAAAGGUGUCUCCUCCGCCCAUAGAGAGCAAUGCUUUGUCAAGCUCUUCUACUACCACCAAUCACGAAUAUCCCACAGUCGAUUGUUCCUCUUCCAAUGAGGUCACAUGUGAUUUCUAUAAUCGUUUGCUGAAUGAAAUAAAAAGGUCCAUAAAUCAACAACAGAAAACAAGAACAAAAUGUUCCUCAACCGAUACGCAUCAUCAACAGCCCACUGCCGCCGACUCAACAUCACAGACUUCAACAUACAGCGAUUAUAUAAGCGAUAAUCACAAUGGCAAUGGUCGCCGUUUGAUUUUGAAAAAUUUUGAAAAUCUCAAAAUCAUAUUGGAGGCCAACAGUAGUGGUGAUGAGGAGUCCUUUCAUCCGGUGCAAAUUGAGCAAUGGCUAGCCGAGAUUAUAUCGGAGACUGAUUUGGAGCCAAUGCAAAAUACUGAUAUAUUGGAGCAUUCCAAAAUUCACAACGAACCACAAGAGACAUAAAUUGCAGGUUGUAUCGCGCCCUUGCCGCCAUCAGAGCAAUUUUAUAAGGUUCACUCACACAGCAGACCAAUGAAAGUCUCGUUUAGACGAAAGGUGCUCGCAAUUUCUAAGUUUUCGCAAAAAUACAUGGCAGACUAUUUACUGAUAUACGGCUAUAAACCUGAAAAGAACAUUUACAAUGCGUAUGGAAGGAUAUCAAAGCAUUGUUUAUCUCUUAUGAUCUCGAUCCAAGGUUUCAAAUUCUUGGGAUUUCGUUUUAUUUCAUUAAAUCCCGAUACAUAUUUUUUUAGUUCAUAGCAUUCCUAUUUCAUUUCAGAUGAAAUCGUCAUGGCAUUUUCACAUAUUCAAGUGUAAUUUUAUGCUGUACGUUGAAAAAAAUUGUCUUCAUUUUACAAGUAUUUUAAACAAUUUUAAAGACUGUUUUAACAACAUUUAGAUUUUAGCAUUCUAAUUUUAACACACUUUUAAUAUAUUAUACUUACUUCGUAUUUAUAAGGGCAUCACAUAUAUGGCGUCAAAAACAUAUUCGGCAGUAAUCUCACUAUCGAAAAAAAUCAAAAUCCAAAGAACAACCUCACCAACAUUAUUCGUUGUACACAUAUUCGCACAAAUUUUUGGAUAACUAAUCCAUAAUAAAUGUUCAAAUUCACAUACACACAGUAUUAAAAAAAAGAACCUGCAAAUAGGGUGAAGUUCUCGAUAUCAAAAAGAACAUCCACAACCACUGAUUGUUUUCACGCAUCCAUGUAAUGUACUUAAUUCAUUCACAGGCACAUUCCUGUGUACGAAAACAAACAUAUAUUGAACUUUAAGUGUAUUGUACAAAAAAAGAAUAUAUAUUACUUUUUGUUAUACACGAAAUCACUUUAGAAAAACAAAAAACCGUGAAUAAAAAUAGGCAUAUACAAACAAAAUAA